GUCCCCAUCAGCGUCCUGCAACGCGGUUGCAUCCGCUUCGAGCCGCCGCUGCCGCAGCCCAAGGUUGCCGCCAUUGGUCGCGUGCGCAUGGGCAACGCGAUCAAGCUGGUCAUGCAGUUUUCUCGGCGGUUCUGGCGUGAUGACAUGUACGACGUGGUGUGUCCCGGGGAGUUCGUACCGGAGUUUUGGAUGCUGGACCACCCCAUCACCGACCCGACCGCUGGCCCCCCCAACGUCAUGAUCGGAUUCCUGGCGGGUGAGAACGCUGACGGCGCCUCGGCCCUGGGCUCCGAAACCAGUCAGCGGCUGUUCCUUGAGCAGCUGGACAAGAUCUACGGCAGCGAGUCGGACCCCCGGCCCGCCUCCUCGUCGCUGGUGCGGGGGCAGAUGGUGGACUGGUCCAAGGAGCAAUACGUAUACGGAGCCUACACCUACCCCAGCUUCGGCGCCGAGCUGGGCGACCGCUCCCUUAUCGCGGCGCCGCUUGCCAGCCGGCUCUUCUUCGCUGGGGAGGCGACCAACGAGGCCAUCAACCCCUGCAUGCAGGGGGCCAUGCAGACGGCUGAGCGGGCGGCGGCGCAGAUCAAGGCGGCGCUGUCGGCGGCCCCGAGGAGUAAGCUGUGAGGGGACAGGGAGCUUGGCCUGCGGCUUGCGGUUUGCGGCACAGCAGGGGGACAGUACAGACGCGGAGUUUGGCAUGUUGUGUGUUGGCUUUGGUUUGCUGACCUAGGUUGCUGCAUUAAGAGUCGAGGCAAGGGAGGAUGCUUGCUUCAGUUGACGUCCCCUACGGGAAUCGGACUAGAUCGACUUGGACGUGGACUGCCUUCCUUGCUGUUGCUGUGGUCGUACAGUAUUGUACGGCAUAGUGGCUUUGCGGACGUACACCGACGUUACUGGGGACGUAUUCGUACGUUUGUUGGGUCCGACAUUACUACGUACGACAAUAACACAUGACUUGGGAGGCAGGGGCUCAACAUUCAUUAAGCGCCCGGACCCUGUUGGCCUGAGAGUUGACCAGGAUGUUACAAGGUGGCUAACUAAGGUAGUGUCAAGGAAUUGAGGAGGAGGGUUAGUUAGGUGCAAACCGGCUUGUUGGGAGCACGACAGUGCAUCCCCGCAGCCUCGUGUGUUGCUGUUUCAGCCCCCGGUGACCAAACGUGAGCAUGAACCUAAACGUUUUUCUGAGCGAUUUUCUGGUGCACCCGUUUUUCCAUUUGGGUGUUGCACAAGUAUAUGAGGGAAAGAGUUAUAUGGCAGGUAGUUCUUGAGCGUGACACUGAUUGACUGACUGACUGACUGUAGAUUGUCAAGCAUAUGCCGAGUUGGUGCCUAUUAGGAUUACAAGAGUAGUAGUGACUUUGCGGUGUGUGUAGCUCUUUCUACGCACACGCAUGCUCCGUCAGGGGGUGUACGGCAGGAGGAUUGCUGGAUGGCUGAAAUGUAGUUGGCGCGCUGCAGUAGCAGAUACUCCUGGAUGUACGACAGGGUGUGACACUUAAAUGACAUGAAUAGAGAUGUCUGUUUAUCCUGCUGCGGUACCCGUAUCACUUCCGCUCCGCUUUCGUCCCUAAAUCGUCGGUGGGACACAUGGGAGGUCUCCCUUGUUGGAGGAUUCCCUGACGGGCCGAGGAGGAGGAUAGGUCGUAGUGUUGAGUAGUACCGCUGCGGGGUAGCGUUUUGUAUUGGCAUGUGACCUAUUUCAUUGUGCAUGUUGCAUGAGUGAGAACAGCGCAGAGAGGAGGGGAGAUCCCACGGGCCUUACUUGAUUUGUGUGGGGUACCGUGGUGCAGUACGGCAUACUUACCAGAGCCCCUUGUCACGUGAAUAGAGACGCGAGAUAAGAUGAACAGGGCACCAUGUAUGCUCUCCUAUGUGGCUAAGUAUGCCCCUGCAUUGUAACAGUC